UGCUCUUCCGAUCUGAAAUCCCUCUGCUGAUGAGAGAGUGGUGUAAAACCACGGGGAGCUGGGAGGGGAGCUGGGAACGGCCACAGCCGGGCGGGAACCCUGCCGGGGAGGAAUGCUGUCGAGGAGGAACUCUGCCUCCCCAGCCCGCUGCCGUGGCUGCUGGGGUGGGAUUUUCUAUUUCUAUUUGUGAAAAGGCUUCCCCUGUAAUUACAGGGCGAUUUAACGCCCUGUCUGAGCUGUCCUUCGCAGCCAUCGGACGCAGCGCUCGGCAGGGACUCCUCAGCUCGGCCAACUCCGUCCUGAGCUGGUCACACCUCAGGUGACACCAGAGCUGCCGGGCACCAGCAGCACUUGCCAGCGUCUCCUCUUCCUCGCUUCAAAAUGUCCCUCUCGCACACGGCUGCCGAGUACAUGCUCUCCGACGCUCUGCUCCCGGAUCCCGGCAGUUCCCGAGCCAAGGGCCUGCAGCUGGAGCUGCCGAGCGAUCGCCUGCUGAAGUUUGUCACUGUGGGGCUGCCCCUCUGCCUUGUCUCACUGGCUUUUGCCCGGGAGUUCUCUGCUGGCUCCCAGAUCAGCUGCUUCUCUCCCACCAACUUCACGGGGAAGCAGUCUGCCUACGCCGACACGGCUUGCUGGGACUCCCUCAUCCACCACGGCUUCGACGCCGAGGGACACGCUGUCACCAAGUCCCUCUGGGCUCUCAAGGUCUUCCCCUACUCGCUGCUGGUGGUGGCGGUGCUGAUGUACCUGCCGUACCUGCUGUGGCGUUACGCCGCUGCCCCCGCCCUGCACUCCGACCUGCUCUUCAUCAUCGACGAGCUGGAUAAAUCCUACAACCGCUCGGUGCGCCUGGUGCAGCACAUGAGGAAGGUCCAGCAGGCCAGCGCCGAGCCGGAGCGAUUCUGGGAGGAGUACGAGAGGGCCCGCCGGGAGAGGUAUUUUGAGUUCCCGUUGCUGGAGCGGUACCUGACCUGCAAGCAGCACGCCCACGCCCUGACGUUCAUCUACAUCCUAAGGAACCUGCUGCUGCUCCUGUUCCUGGCUGCCACCUGCCUCUACCUGGUCUUCCUCCACCUCAACAUCUUCUUCCAGGAUGAGUUCAGCUGCUCCAUCAAAACAGGGCUGCUCCAGGCAGAGCCCCACAUCCCCCCACUCAUCCCCUGCAAGUUGGUCUUCUUCUCCAUCUUCCAGCUCAUCAGCCUCUCAGUUGGCAGCGUCUACAUCCUCCUUAUCCCCGUCGUCAUCUACAACGCCCUGCAGCUCUGCCAGUGGGACAAGGGGCUGCUCUCUGUCUACGAGAUGCUGCCUGCCUUCGACCUGCUCAGCCGCAGGAUGCUCACCUGCCCCCUCAACGACCUCAACGUCAUCCUCCUCUUCCUCCGCGCCAACAUCUCCGAGCUGACCUCCUUCGGCCGCCUCAACGCCGUCAGCGCCCUGAGGGAAACCACGGCCAACAAGGAGGACAUCGACACCGUCAUCGAUUUCAUGACGCUGCUGGCCGGGCUGGAGACCACCAAGCCCAAGCACCACGCUUGCACCCCCGAGGCCGAGGGCGGCACAGCCCUCUCCAAUGGCACGGCCCUAGGACCGAAGCCUGGAGUGGAAACGAUGGGAAAACCCUCCCGGGACUCACUCGGCUCUGCCUGAUCCAGGAGCAGGCAGGGAUCCUGUGAUCCCAGGAUCCACUUUGAUCCACAUCCUUCUUUCCAGCAUCGCUUGAGUGCAUUACCCUGGUUCUAACACAGCUGUGAUGUGGCAGCUGGGCUGAGCCCACCUGCUUUUCCUGCAACUGGGCUUUCCCUUCUUCUGUAUGUUUUUCCAGAAAAAUAGGGUUAAACAAUCAAUGUUUUGUACAGAACCUCUUGGGUUCUCUUAUUCCAAGCACUGGGUGCCACAGUGUGCCUCUUCCACACAAAUUUCCCUGCUGUUACAGCAGGAGGGGGAGGAUGGAGGAAUAAAGGGUACUCCUCUGAAAGAAAAAAAGGAUCCAGGAAUAAAAUAAGCUGGUUUAUUAACUAUUUACUAUUUAUUGUUUAUCAACAGAGGGAGGUGGAAGGCACUCACAUCCUUCGCAGCUCCCUCUCCUAGCCCAGCCUUAGU